GGCGCAUGCACACUUUUCUCAUUGGAGCCACCAAAAAUCAACCUCUUACUGGCAAAAUUCCGGGGCUGCGAACUUGUUAACUUUCGACACCAACCCGUGUUCCCCUCGACAAAGCAGCACAUCUUGGCCCACGCCAGACCGACAAGAUGGCUACCGAACUGACCGUCCAGAGCGAGCGUGCUUUCCAGAAGCAGCCGCACAUCUUCCUCAACAGCAAGACCAAGGUCAAGUCCGCCCGGCCUGGCAAGGGUGGUCGGAGAUGGUACAAGGACGUUGGCCUGGGCUUCCGAACCCCCAAGACGGCCAUUGAGGGCCAGUACAUCGACAAGAAGUGCCCCUUCACGGGCAUGGUUUCGAUCCGCGGCCGUAUCCUGACUGGCACCGUCGUGUCAACGAAGAUGCACCGUACCAUUAUCAUCCGCCGCGAGUACCUCCACUAUAUCCCCAAGUACAACCGUUACGAGAAGCGCCACAAAAACCUCGCUGCGCACAUUUCCCCCGCUUUCCGUGUUGAGGAGGGUGACCAUGUCACCGUUGGCCAGUGCAGGCCUCUGAGCAAGACUGUGCGGUUCAACGUUCUCCGCGUGCUUCCCCGGACCGGCAAGGCGGUCAAGAAGUUCAGCAAGUUCUAAAGGGUCGGCGGGGUCUUUCCAUUGGGCAUUUCUGGCGUGGUUUGCUUUGAGGGACUUGAGCUUAUCAGAAACGGGACGGCCAGGCAGGGAAAAUGACUGCUCCGGGGGACAUGAUAUUUGUCAUAGAGGCAGUUCUUUCUGAAUGAAUUCCGCCAAGUGAACUUGACAAGGAUAAGGCUGGCUAUUGAUACCAAGGCCGGGCGAUGUAUCCUAGCACAGCUAUAUGGGAACUUCGCCAGUGACGGGCCGAGCGGAAACAGAAGGUCCGGAAUCAGCAACACCCAGUCAGCUCACUCCUGUUUCUUUUAUGACUGUUUUGUCAGUGAUCAGCCUCACCUUGUUCAGCUGGGAGACCGCGGCCAAACAAUCUGAAUCAAGCCAAGUUACCUACGUUACCGUUCGAUCACAACAGGCGGCUCAACCCUGCUUUCAUGUCUAACAUAAUGAUGUUUACCUUAUGUCUAUCAUGAUGAUGUUUACCUUGAUUGUCUUCAAUGC